CCAAGACAGAGCACUUGCCAAAUCACUCCCUCCACCUCAAUGAAUCCCAUGGCCAAAUGCUUCAUGCUGCUCCUUGUAGUCUUCUUGGCGUUUCUCUUGUCCGAUGCGCAAGCGACUUCGUGCCACCCCGACGACCUUCACGCGCUGCAGAACUUUGCGGGGAACCUCAUCGUCGGAGGUGUCCUCCUCCGGGACACGUGGUUUGGUACCGCAUGCUGCAACUGGGAGGGCGUGGGCUGUGACUCCGCCAGCGGCCGUGUGACAGCGCUGCGCCUCCCCAGGCGCGGCCUCACGGGGCCCAUCCCAGGGACCUCCCUUGCCGGCCUUGCGCGGCUUGAGGAUCUCGACCUUGGCUCCAACAACUUACAAAACAUCUCAGGGGUACUUACCGUGUUGCGUGGGUGUCAGAACCUCACCACGUUGAUUCUCACCAAGAAUUUUGGUGGUGAGGAGCUACCCAACCAUGGUAUUGUUGGCGGGUUCGAGAGACUCGAGGUACUGGCCCUUGGUGAUUGUUCUCUCAGGGGCAGGGUUCCGGAAUGGUUGUCUCAAUGCAAGAAAAUGGAGGUGCUUGAUUUGUCCCGCAACCAAUUGAUAGGCACCAUCCCAUCGUGGAUUGGUGAGCUUCACCACCUUUGCUACUUGGACCUCUCAAACAAUUCAUUGGUUGGCGAUGCACCUAAGAGUUUGGCACUGCUAAAGGGGUUCGUCCCCAAUGGGCGUUCACCGGGCAUGGUUUUCACUAACAUGCCAUCGUAUGUGAAGCAUAACAGAAGCACACUCGGACGGCGACUUAACGAGCUCCCAAAUGUCAUAACAGGGAGCAACAACUUUGUGACAUCUGGGAGUAACAAUGUUGUAUCCGGUAAUGAUAACACUGUCAUAUUUGGGGAUGAAAACACGGUAUCCGGGAACAACCAUGCCGUAUAUGGGAAUGGGAACACGGUAUCCGGGAACAACCAUGUCGUAUAUGGGAGCAAGCAUGUCGUAUCCGGGAGUAGGCAUGGUGUAACUGGGAGAAGCAGUGUGGUAUCCGGGUUCAACAAUGGGGUAUCAGGGAUGAACCAUGUCGUAUCGGGGAGUAACAAUGUCGUAUCCGGAAACAACAAUGUUGUAUCUGGGAUGAACCAUAUUGUGUCUGGGGACAACAAAGUUAUAUCAGGAGGUUAAUGAUUUUAUUUAUAUACAACUAUAAGAGAGGGGAGGGUAUAUUCUGUCUAGUGUCCGAGGCCGAUGAUGAGAUGAUGUUGGAUAAAUAAGGUACAUAAGGUGCCACAGAAGAUGUGCCCUAUGCCUCGCAUAUAUAUAUAUGCUCGUUGUAAUAAUAAGUAUAUGUACUGUACAUUUCAAAAGAAAAGUAUAUGUGUUGUAAUAUAUUAUGGUUUGGGUUGUAUGCUAUAAGUUGUAUUGUGUGUC